AUUUUUAAUUAGCCUGCAACCUAUAUAUAAUUUGGCUAUAUAAAAAAAAUAUUCUCAGGAUUUUAAUCAUGAUAAAUAAUAUGAAGAUCGUUCAAAUAUUAUAAGUUGAAUUCGCGGAUUAUAUUAUUUUUUAUAUUUAUAUAUAUUCCGAUUUCCGACCAUGACUCGGUUGUUGUAUGGCAAAACGGACAGUUAUCAAGUCAAUAAGUUACCGCACACCCAUACCCCAUCCUACAAUACUAUGACGGAUAAUUUCCGCGACGCCUCCGACACUUUUCAGAAUCCCGCCCUGAAUAACGCAAUCAAUAGCACCCUCAACAAUGUCGUCACAAACACUAAUUAUAACCCGAGUUCCAACAACGUCAACGCAUCACCUCUGCCCAUCACUACCUUCAACAAAAACGGACCUGGCAUCAAUAAUAAUUCUACAUUCAACAAUACGAACAAAGCCCUGAUAAGUAAAUCACCCAGCUAUAACCCUCCACCCCAAAGUCUUAACAUGCAAAAUACGGGUCCUGGUAUGCAGACCAGUUCGAGUAAUGUUAAGCGCGUCAAACAGGUCCAAAAAAGUGGCGGGUGUUGGCCAUGGUCUAAAAAGGAGAACCCCGAACUUGCUCAUCUUAAACAGGAGUUAGAUAUGGACGAACAUAUCAUUCCACUGCCAGAAUUAUAUCACAGAUUCGGUGUUGAUCCCAUAAAAGGUUACUCGAUAGCCCAAGCGAAAGAGAUAUUCGCUCGAGACGGUCCUAAUACUCUUACCCCUCCGCGCAAGACUCCGGAGUGGGUCAAAUUUUGCAAUCAAUUAUUCGGAGGGUUUUCCAUGCUUCUUUGGGCCGGUGCUAUCCUGUGUUUCGUGGCUUACGGUAUUCAAGCUGCCACUUACAGGAAUUUUUCCAAAGACAACCUCUAUCUGGGUAUCGUUUUAACGACCGUUGUUGUUAUAACAGGUUGCUUUUCAUAUUAUCAAGAAGCCAAAAGUUCGAAAAUUAUGGAAUCUUUCGGGAAGAUGAUACCUCAACAAGCAGUGGUGUUGAGAGAAGGCAAGAAGAUGGAUAUCAAAGCGGAAGAUGUAGUAUUAGGAGACAUUGUCGAAGUUAAAUUUGGUGACAGAAUACCUGCCGAUAUUCGUGUCAUCAAAUCGCAAGGAUUUAAGGUCGAUAACUCCUCAUUAACGGGUGAGUCAGAGCCGCAAUCAAGGGGCCCAGAAAAUACUAGUGCCAACCCUUUGGAAACCAGAAAUUUGGGUUUCUUUUCUACUAACGCUGUUGAAGGAACGUGCACUGGUAUAGUUGUCAACACCGGUGAUCGAACCGUUAUGGGUCGUAUCGCUAACCUAGCAUCCGGAAUAGAGGUAGGGGAAACUCCAAUUCACAAAGAAAUAAAUCGUUUUAUCCAUCUGAUAACUGCGGUUGCUAUAUUUUUAGGAGUUACUUUCUUCAUUAUAGCCCUCAUUUUACAUUACACCUGGCUCGACGCUGUUAUUUUUCUGAUCGGGAUCAUAGUGGCCAAUGUGCCGGAAGGCCUUCUGGCUACCGUUACGGUCUGCCUAACGCUCACCGCCAAAAGAAUGGCUUCCAAAAAUUGUUUGGUUAAAAACUUAGAAGCUGUUGAAACAUUGGGUUCCACCUCCACAAUUUGUUCCGAUAAAACUGGCACGCUUACACAAAAUAGAAUGACCGUAGCUCACAUGUGGUUUGAUAACAAGAUAUGGGAAGCUGAUACUUCAGAAGAUCAAUCAUCUUCUUCAAUGCAGAAAGACCAACCCUCUUGGUUGGCUCUUGCGAGAGUGGCGUCUUUAUGUAAUAGAGCUAGCUUCAAGCAGAAUCAAGAAAAUUUACCAGUUUUAAAAAGGGAAUGCUUAGGUGACGCAUCCGAAUCGGCUCUGUUGAAAUGCGUUGAAUUGUCAUUUGGCGAUGUUGAAAUGACCAGAGCCAAGAAUAGAAAAGUGGCCGAAAUUCCUUUCAACUCCACCAAUAAAUAUCAAGUAUCUAUUCACGAAAUUGAAAACGAAUCCAGAUAUCUGCUUGUCAUGAAGGGAGCUCCCGAGAGGAUAUUCGAUCGUUGCUCCACCAUUAUGAUUCAAGGGGAAGAAAGGCCGAUAGACGACAGCGAGAAAGAAGCCUUCAACCAAGCUUAUCUAGAACUCGGCGGGAUGGGUGAAAGGGUUUUAGGGUUUUGCGAUCACUUCCUCGGCACUGACGCAUUUCCGAGAGGUUUCAAGUUCGAUACGGAUGAAGCUAACUUUCCUCUCGAAGGUUUAAGGUUCAUAGGUCUCAUUGCGAUGAUAGAUCCACCCAGAGCGGCCGUACCAGAUGCCGUGGCUAAGUGUCGGAGCGCUGGCAUAAAGGUUAUUAUGGUGACCGGUGAUCAUCCUAUAACGGCUAAAGCAAUCGCCAAAAGUGUGGGCAUCAUUUCAGAAGGUAGCGAGACGGUUGAAGAUAUCGCCUCUAGGCUGAAUAUUCCAAUCGAAGCUGUAAAUCCUAAAGAUGCAAAGGCAUGCGUAAUUCACGGUGGAGAACUCAAAGAGAUGUCCCAGGGAAAAUUAGACGCUGUUUUAAGGGAUCAUCCCGAAAUGGUAUUUGCCCGCACGUCCCCUCAACAAAAGCUUAUAAUAGUGGAGGGUUGUCAAAGACAAGGAGCUAUAGUAGCUGUUACAGGGGACGGGGUCAACGAUUCUCCGGCUCUCAAACAAGCCGAUAUUGGUGUAGCUAUGGGUAUUGCUGGAAGCGACGUAAGUAAACAAGCUGCCGAUAUGAUUUUGUUGGACGACAAUUUUGCCUCCAUAGUGACAGGAGUUGAAGAAGGUCGAUUGAUAUUUGACAAUUUGAAAAAGUCGAUAGCCUAUACCUUGACUAGCAAUAUACCCGAAAUAAGUCCCUUCUUGAUUUUCAUCUUGGCAAAUAUUCCACUUCCACUAGGAACCGUUACUAUUUUAUGUAUCGAUUUGGGAACCGAUAUGGUGCCAGCUAUUUCUUUGGCCUACGAAAAAGCUGAAAGCGAUAUUAUGAAGAGAAGGCCUAGAAAUCCCAAAUACGAUAAAUUAGUCAAUGAUAGACUUAUAAGCCUAGCCUACGGACAGAUAGGCAUGAUACAGGCGGCGGCUGGCUUUUUCAUCUAUUUCAUCAUAAUGGCUGAGAACGGAUUUUUACCUAACAUGUUAGUAGGACUUAGGGUACCUUGGGAUUCCGAAUCCGUUAACGAUUUGAAGGAUUCAUACGGACAAGAAUGGACAUACCACAACCGUAAGAUAUUAGAAUACACUUGCCACACUGCCUUUUUUGUAACCAUAGUUGUAGUCCAAUGGGCUGAUUUGAUUAUUUGCAAAACCCGAAGAAAUUCAAUCGUUCAUCAAGGGAUGAGAAAUAUGGUUUUGAAUUUCGCUCUUGUUUUCGAAACGGUCCUCGCUGCUGCAUUAUGUUAUACACCUGGAUUGGAUAAAGGGUUGAGGAUGUAUCCUAUUAAAUUUUUAUGGUGGCUGCCAGGUAUACCUUUUAGCAUACUGAUAUUUGUUUACGACGAAAUUAGAAAGUACAUUAUCAGGCACAAUCCAGGGGGAUGGGUCGAAAGAGAAACCUAUUACUAAUCAAAUUUACACACCAAAAAUUAAAUAGUCAAUUUUAUAUAUAUUUAUAUGUGUCUCGAAGAUCGAAAUAUGAUUGAGUGGUAAAUGAAUUCUAUAUUUUAUCAAAACAACACUUUUUUUAAAUUAUGUUUAUAAUUACUUUUCUGCAUACGGUCUUGUUUGUCCUUUAAAACAAGAUAUCAUAAACGUGUAAAUAUUAUAUUAUUUUUUUCGUAUUUUAAAUUCACAUCUAUCGAAUCUAGUUCAGUUUUCGUCAUAAUUCUUCUUCCUUUUUUAAAAAAAACUCUAAAUAGCUUUUGCUUCAAAAAAGUAUAAUAACCAAAAAAAUAUUAUUUUAAAAAUAAUUGGUCGAUCUUUGUAUUAAUGCUUUUCAUUUCCCCUUUUUAAAAAAAAUAUUUUGUUAGCAUUAUUCCUUUUUUAAAAAAAUUAUUAAAUAAUUUAGGGAAAAAAAAUGAUUAUCAAAAUACCAUUGGCGCUAUUAUUCCAAAAAUUACAAAUUUAUAUUUAAAAUGAAAUAAUCAUCUCAUAUAAAUUAUUCGCCUUUUUUAAAAUUUUUUACACCUUGUUUUGGUUAAUUUAUAUAUUCUUUUUUUAAACCAAAUUAUAAUUACUUUUAAAUGCAUUUUUUUUUAAAAUUCAAUAUUAUUAUAAUGCCGGAUGUUGGAAUACAUUCUUUCGGGGUAAGUCAUUUUUAUAUAAAAUAUGACUAUUUUUUUCUGCACUUUGUUUUUUAUAUUGAUGAGUUUGAUGUGAAAUGUGAAUUAGGUUAGUCUACUACUGUAUAUAUGGUUAGGGAUAUCGUGGCUAAAUCUGAUUGAGCGUAGAUAAUUUUUUUUUAAAUUGUUCGAAUUAAGAUCAUGAUCAUUAUAUAAUAUUUUUUUGAUAUAUUCUGGUAUUUUAGUGUUUAUUAUGUAUAUAUACCACAAAUUACUUUAAUUCAUUAUAACUAUUUUUGAAGUCACGAGAGGAAAAAAUAAUGUAUGAAUGAUAUCAUUCAUUUAAUUUAGUCAAUUAUG